CAGCCACUCCUCCCGGGCCUCGGUCAUAUGACUUGCAUUUCCUGGUAUUGUCGGUGGAGGUUCGGCUGCGUCCCAAACACAGCUGACUGAGCGACUCUGUCAGUCUUUUUCCACAGUCUCUGGUGUCCGACAACCCAGACUAACAGGCGACCAUGUCCCGACAUGCUGCAUUUGUUUUGUUGCUCUCCUAUGGAAUAGUGUUACAGCUCUCGCAUGGCAUUGAGGUGAAUGUCACAAAUAAAGCGGACAAGUUGUGCCUCUACGCCAAUUUAAAAGUCAACUUCUCUGUCCCAUAUGACGUAGGCCAAGGGAAGACUAAAAUAGCUGCAUUUCAACUUCCUGAAACUGCCAAAAGCAAUGAAAGUACAUGUGCCUCAAACUCAAGCUCAACACUGAAGCUCGACUUUGGAGCUGGGCACUCCUGGACGGUGAACUUCACUUUGCUUGGAAAGAACUACCAAGCAGACACCAUCACCUUUGGCUACAAUCUCAGUGACACUCUGCUUUUUCCAAACGCUACCGGAACUGGGACAAAGUCUGUGACUGCAAAACCUGACAUAACAGACGUAGGCUUGAACACUUGCUACUCGUGUAAGAGUAAGGACUUGAUUCAGGCUGAUUCGGUCAACAUGACGCUGUCAGACGUGUUAAUACAAGCUUUUGUCACCAACGGCAGCAGGAGUGAAAACAUAACAUCUUGCAGGGCUGAUUUACCCACAACAACUGCUGCUCCCACCACUCCCGUCACAAACGCCACUUCCGCUCCCACUCCUCCACCCACCACCCCGACCCCAACCCUUCCCACACCCUCCACUGGGGAAUAUCGCCUUGGGGCCAACAGCACAGCCUGUCUGUUGGCCAACUUUGGUCUGCGAAUUGGUUACAGACAAGGACAGAAAUACCAGGAGAUCAACCUUGAGCCCAAUGCAACCCAAGCCUCUGGAUCAUGUGGAACCAACAGCAGUGAGCUGGUGUUGGUAUCGAAUGACAUGACCGUUGUGUUCACCUUCCUCAGUGACACCAAGAAAUUCAGCCUACACGUUUUCAAUGUCACCAUUAAAGGUGUGCAAUUUAUCAACACCAACCUCAGUCUGUGGCAGGCUGCUGUCGGCAGCUCCUACAUGUGUAACAAGGAGCAGAACUACACCAUCACUGACGAGCUCAACCUCUACACCUUCAACCUACAAGUGCAGCCCUUUAACGUCCAGAAAGGAGUUUUCAGCACAGCCCAUGAAUGUUCAAUGGAUGACACCGGCAUCUUAAUCCCAAUCAUUGUUGGCGCUGUUCUGGCCGGCUUGAUUCUCGUUGUAGUGAUCGCUUACGUGAUUGGUCGAAGAAAGACUUAUGUUGGAUACCAGACCCUAUAAAUCAACCCUGAAAGAUGGUGGGACUCCCAAGCCUGGUCCUUGAAUUUAAUGUGCGUGUGUUAAAUUGGAAACGUAAACACUAAAGAAUUUUAAUCCAAAAUACACCUUGCCAGUGAGAUUUUAGUCGUGACAUUUUGAGACAUGAAUUGAGUACCUCCCUCUAUGUGCCCUGAAAAAUAGUGUAAAAUCCAUGUGAAGACAGAGGCUUGGUGUUACUGUCAAGGACCAAACUUGUCUUCCCACAAAGUUUGUUUCCCUUUUUGUUUUCUAGAUGUGUGUUUUUGUUUUUGUUUUUUGUUUUUUGUUUUUUAAAUUUAUGAGCAAAUGCAAAAUCCAGAAAACCUUACUUUUUUUGGCAUGCACUUGAGCGAUGCUGAUACUGCUAGACUUCCACGUUAACAUUAGUGGUAAAAAUAACAUUAUUUAUAGCAUAACAUGACAAUCAGUUUUUCGGAUCCUGUAUUUGCUCUAGAAACAUUCCCCUUGUUUUUUUCUGUUUUGUCUUUGUGCAUUUUUUUCUUUCUAAUUAAUUUUUGAUUUUUAAAACAAUUGUUUUCACAGCGUUCAAGCAAAAAUUCCUUUUAAUCACAAAUGUGUUGAAGCAGCUUCCUUCUAAAGAAAUUCAUUAGAAUGAAUAGGUCUAUUCCAUUAGGGAAGUUGAAAAAGGAAAUAUGAUUUGGUUUGUGUUUACCCCUGUAGAGCAGGAGAAACAUCCAAGUAAUUGUUCUGAUUAUGUGCUUUCAAUCAAUCAAUCAGUUGUUAAACUUUAAUAGGCUUUUCCAUGCAAAGCGUUUCCGUGGCAGAGCAGUAGAAGCCUGGUGGAGCUGACCUUAGAGGAGCUCGUUGCCAUCCCAGCAGCGAGGCCUUGGUUAGUGGUAAUAAAUGCAUCUGUUCUUCUCCUGCUCUCCCACGUCAAAAUGCUUGUCUAUAUUUGCACAAGUUUCAGCUGGAAAAUGAAAAGAUUUUUGACAUUAGGUUUACAAAAUAGGAGAAAUAGGGAGAGUACUGUAGGUAUUCACUUUCAGCAGCACGGACAGUUCUGAAACAAGGAUACUUGCACAACAAUGCACUAAGAGCAGUCUUUGUAUUUUGCCAAGGCUGUAGACGUCACGUUGGAUAAAUCUGACGUUUAAGCCUGUAUCCUGUUGGUGUCGCUUCCACCCUGGUUCCCUAUAAGUAAAGAACCAGCACAUCUAAUUAUCUAACCUUCUCCUGCUGCAGCUUCAUAUGUAGUGUACAGACAGGUGUGCGAUAGCAGACCUAUUGUCCAGUUCCUGAAAAGUAAUUGUGUAUGUUGUCAGCUGCCAUCACACACUGAUUGGCCUCGCUGGAGAAACUGACAGCCUCCUGUUGAAAUAGACAAAGCCGAUAACAGGCGUUUUUUUUUUUUUCUUUUGGUGCAGAGCUUCAUCAGUUAAGAACCUAAAAGGCUUCAGGGAGCUAGUGCAGGUCAGAAGGAAGCUGUGUCAGGGAAACGGAUGAGGCCCAGAAAGUAUAUUUUUGUAAAGAUAGAAAAUGUGGCACAUGGUAAUUGGUGUAAAUUGGUGCGUAGCCCUUGCAUCGUGUUGUGUGUUGGUCUAACUCUUUAGUGCUGGUACUAUGUAGGCAGUGAACUAGCUUGGAAAUCAAGUCUGCAUGCAGUUUUAUUAUGCUUAUAAAAUGACCUUUUUCCAUUUCCAGGACUUUGUACGUUUGAGUAAAACUAGCUCUGAAUCAUGACUCGUGGUUUAUGCUUGUUGCUGUCCUCUGUAGCUUUGCUCACUCUGUUGCCUUUUCAUGAAGAUGGUUUUGCAGCACAGUAUAACUGUGAUGUGUUGUUUUAGCCCCUUGAUCUGUGCCUUGUUCACAACAAAAACACUCUGGUAAUUUUUGGUUGGUAGUCCUUCUCUGGUUGAGAAUAGCACAGACAUGUUCAGCGAAGGGAAUUUUUACUGUAAGACCACCUUGUUAACCGUAGGCGUGUGUUGUGCUGCAUCUCUGUUCUUCAGCUAGCUAUGCUGAGUUGGAUUACAAACUGCUUGAGGCUGGAGUGGGGCUCUAUUAUUUGAAGUUUAUGCAAAUAAAAAGUAAUUUGUCUUGGA